AGAGACCUUUCAACACUACUAUUUUCACUCCCUUUUUCUCGGCUUUUUUCUUUUACCUUUUUUUUAGCUGCUGUGAAUUUUCACUUGCUUCUAUGUGCUUUUUGGUGUUGGAUUUAAGCUUAGUUUGCUUUUUGUUCUCGAGAUGUGUAAGAUCUGAAUUUUUGUUUCGCUCUCUUGGACUUUUGUAGUAAUUAUUUGGUACAGAACAAAAGGUGGUAACUUUGUCGAUAUUUGGUCAGUCUUGAUUUCACUUUACUCGGGCCUUGCAUCUUAGUGGAAUUGGAGAGGGUUGUGUUUUGAAGCAGAAGCAGAACAAGGCUUAUUUUGUGGUCUUGCAAUGGAUUCCCCUCAAUCUGUUGUAUCGCCGUUCAAGAGCUCUGCUGUUUUUGCUGAGCCUGAGAAGCAGACUGCUGAUCUCUUUGUCAAAAGCCCUGAUCACCUGUCAAGGGGAAUUGGUGCUCACAGAAAGGAGGCUGAGGUUUAUAACUUGGAGGAAUCCGUUGGAACUCUAGAGGUUUACAUAUACCAGGCUAGGGACAUCCACAACAUAUGUAUAUACCACAAGCAAGAUGUUUAUGCCAAGCUUUGCCUCACAAGUGACCCUGAAAAUGCUGUCUCCACUAAGAUAAUUAAUGGAGGUGGGCAGAAUCCAGUCUUCAAUGAGAAUCUUAGACUUGGCGUUCGUACUGUCGAUACUUCCCUGAAGUGUGAGAUAUGGAUGCUCAGCAGGGUCAGGAAUUAUCUUGAAGACCAGUUGCUGGGAUUUGCUUUGGUGCCUCUGUCUGAUGUCCUGGUCAAGAGUGGGAAGCUAGAGAAAGAGUUCUCUCUAUCAUCAACGGAUCUCUUUCAUUCCCCUGCUGGAUUUGUUCAGUUGUCCCUCUCCUACAGUGGGGCUUUACCUGACGUGCUGGCUAUUUCUUCUGCUCCUCCAUCUGUUGUUACUGAUGUAGCUGUACAUGAUUCAAAAGCAGCCGAGUCUGUUCCGGAUGAACUUGACAAAAUUGAGUUCCCUGAUCCCAAGAUAUUGAAUGAGAAUCAUUUGAUGGUCUCCGAGUAUUUUGGGAUUCCAUGUGCCAAUCUAGACUCCCAGAGCUCUGACAGCUUCGUUUCUUCAGAUACUGAAAAUCAGCUGAGUUCUGAAGCUGGUGUUCAGUUUGUCGAGAGUUUGUCAAUGGGCACCGUUGGUUCUACCCAAUUCCCAAAGCUUGAUUCUCCUCCUAGCAGCGGGUCCACAUAUGGUUCACCAACUGCUUCACUUCCAGUGAGCUCCCAGUCUUCCGAGACACCAGUAGUUUCAAAAUCUGCUGCUACUGAAUAUGCCUUACCUCCUAAAGAAAAUGUGAAAGAGAGAAGCGCAGAUGCGGGAGAUGCCGAGAGUAAGGCAUCUGAAAACCUGCCUGGCGAUUCAUUUGUAAAACCUGUCGUCACUGUGAAGAUUGAGCCAGAACAAAAGAUGGUGCAACAGGAUAUUGUGGAUAUGUACAUGAAAAGCAUGCAGCAAUUUACUGAGUCAUUGGCAAAAAUGAAACUUCCCAUGGACUUUGAGAGUGGACCAACCAGUUCUGGAAAUUCAAGUUCUGAUCAGAAACUAGAGUCAUCUAAGAACUCUGGCAAUAGAGUAUUUUAUGGCAGUAGAGCUUUCUUCUGACUUCCUGUUUUAGUGGAUGGGACUUCACAGGUGACUUUAGUGAUUAGAAUCAAGUGCAAUGCCAUCAGUAACACUAAGCUGAGUUUUGAUUGUGUCAUUUUCGUAUGUAAGCUGGCAGUGCUUUAGGUGAUGGAAAAGAUCUUGACUUGUUCGUGUUGUUUAUUGCAGUUGCUCCUAGUAUAUAUUUGUCACUGCUGUACUUCAUCAUUCUAAUCACUGAUAUACUUGUGAUGGUUUGAAAACUCGCCGGUCUGGGUUAGAGUCUUUGUAAAUUUCUGAUUCUACUAAUAACCCAAUCAACUUUCUACAAGAA